CGAGAUUGCAUCUUUGGCGCCACGAUGCCAUCGCCGCCACCGCUGUCGCGUCGCAUGACUGCGAUGACGGGCACGCAAGGCGACCACCUUCACGAGACCCAGCGGCGACCGCUUCGAUCGUCCGCUUCGUGCAUCCUCCUGCGCGAGGUCGACGUGCCAAAGAAACAGAAGAAGCCUCGGACUGCGUCGUCGGCCUUUCUGGGCCUCGACAUGAAGCUCGUCGACUUGUGUCGGUCCAACGACGCACUGCGCCGGCGCGUUGCGCACCUCUUUAUGACACACGGCGAGUACGCCGACUCGGACGCGGGCGACGACGACGACCUCGAGCUCGUGCCUGGCCGCGCUACCGUGGUCAAACGUAGCAAUGAAAAUGAGAUCCUCGCCUUGCUCCACAAGCAGAAUGCGCAAGGUCUCGGCGCAAGUGGCACCGCACUCCACCCGAGCAUUCAACGCGCCAAGAGCGACGUGGCGCUGCCAAUCGCGAUCGACGAUGACGUGGCGAAAGCUGUGCAGCACGAUAUGAUCAUGACGGUUCCGUCGGUAGCGUGGACAGCCAAGUUUGAAGACGCCUACAUGCGUUUCAAGCGCGGGCGUCCAAAAGCCAAGCUCAACUCGGUCCAGGUCUUUCGCUCGUACUUGAUGACGCCCGAGUUCCGCGCGCUACAUGCAAUGACGUACGGCGCCACGCGCUUUCACGAAGACACGACAGGCACAUUUGCAAACGACGAGACCGACCACCCGCUUCACCACGGGCUUCAAAAACGACUUAGCAAACUCACGCCGCCGAUGCGCUCCUCCUUGGAGCUAUCGCUCUCAAACCACAUGCUAGAAAACUUUGACCACCUUCUCGACAUGUAUACGUCGGCGCGCCGGGACUUUCUCGCACAAAUGACACAGUGCGGGAAACGCCAGCGCCACGCGGCGCGGCAGCUCAAAGAGGCCAAGCAGCGCCUCGAGUCGCGCCGCGCCGACGUCAAGAAGGACGUUGCCAAAACACGUGCGAUGCUCGGACACCGCGUCAUCGCCGCCCGUCUCCAUACGCCGCGGGACCCCGCGCACAUUGAAGGCAGUGACAAGCACGCUGUGACGAUGAUUGUGUCCGCCUCCAAGCGCGCCGCCGCCAAGUCGUGGAAAAAGAUCAAGGAGGCAGAAAAGUGCAAUGUCGCGAGGAGCCUCCAGCUCUCGAUCGAGUACGCCAAGACAACAACGAUCGAAGGCGGCGGCCUUCCGACGCGCGCCCUCUGCCUCAAGCAGCAGCGCGCACUCACACACCACAUCGUGUACAUCCAGCGCUUGUACCGCGGGCACAUGGCGCGCCGCUACGUCUACUCGCUCAAGUGGCUCUUCUUCAUGUGGCGCCACCUCUUUUUUCCGUCCACGGUGCUCCCAAAGGACUCGGUGUACGGCUUUAUGCACAUUGACGACUUUGAAGCGAGUUUCGAGUACUUUUACUACCAGUCGAACGCCGAGCGCGUCUAUAUGGCGGGCUUUGCGCUCACCGUGCCGCCGUCCCGCCUCGGCGGACAGUUUGUCGAGUACCAUCGUUUCAAGCGGUACUGGCUGCGCUUCAUGUAUCGCGCGUCUGGGCCCGCCGACAUGGUGCGCUUUGUGCAGUUUGUGCGCAACCGCGAAGCCAUUAUCCACUCGAUUGAGAUCCAGAGACAAGAGCACAGCGAGGCGCGCACCUCGACGCUGAGCUACCUGACGCAGAUUGACGACUUCAAGAAACUCAACUACACCAAGCGCCGCGACGACCACGCGCACCUCAAGUACCGCACCGACUUGGCGGUACAAACCGACGAACACCGGUCGCUGACGCUGCGUGCACGGCGCGCGCUGCUCCCGUCCUAUCAACAACGCGCAAAAGGCUGGGCGCUCCUCCGCCACAUUGUCACGGGCAACGCGGCGCGAAGCUUCAAAGUCCAUUCGUUUCGCGGUGUCGUCGUCCAAGUCGCCGAGGUCGAGGGUCUCACGCAACAUAAGAAUAUGCUGCUCGACUUGCCCGCACCCGCCGAGUCGUUGUCGCCAGUGCGCCGCGUCGCCCGGCGGCGCGCCAGCGUCGUCUCGUCCGUCUUCGACGUCGACCCUGCAGUGCUUGACGCUGCUCUGGGCUCGCGUCAUCCGGGUCCGAGCAACCGAUUUGAGCGGCAUCUGAAGCGCCUGGGCAUACUCGCCAACGACGCGGUAGUGCUCUGCGGCUACUACACGGCCGUGGGUCUCAACGACAUUGGCGAUGAUGCGCCGCCACCGCUUUGCGUGUCGCGGCUGGGGCGCAUGAAGCAUCUGCACGGCUGCACGAGCAUUCCCGACCUCCUAACCAAGCAGGGCGAGCGCCACGCGGGGUUUGCGCACCUGUUUACGGCGUUUGAAGCCGCUUGCGCCGCCGACGUGCCCGAGAACGUCGCGGUCUUGGCGAGCUUGAAGAGCUACUUGAACGACUCGAUGGAGCUUUUAACGUUUGUGCGGCAGCAGCUCGCGGCGCUGCGCCCGCCAAAGCCUGUCGUGGGGGCCGCGAUGAUUGCGCUGCAGCGAACCAAGCGCAUCGAGUGCUACAACAAGCUCCUCGAGCAGUUGGACACAAAUGUCCGCGCCGUGCUCGACAGCAUGGACCGCACCAACGCCAACGACGACGACGAAGACGACUCGAUUACCGCGUGACGCGCGCGACACGACGCAGAGGAAUUAAGAAAUUCAUCCGCCGGGUUGUCUAUGGU